CAAUUCUCUCUCAGAAAGAAAUUAGGGUUUAGGUAGAGUCAUUUCAGUAAUUCCCAAUAUUAUAUAUAUCAUCGACAAAAAAUACCAUUUAUUACGUCAUAAUUCGAGAGAUUUGCCAUUUGGGAGUACAAAACGAGAAUCUAUCUGCAAUAGGUGAAUGAGAAAAAAAAUAUGGAGUAGAAAAGAAAACAGAAGUAAAGGAAAAAGAUAGUUCAAGGAUAGUGGACUUCAGAUUCUUCCACAGAACUGAGACAGCGCUAAACUCAGAUUUUUCCUUUUUUCUUUUUUUAAUUUCUCUAUAGAUACACGAAGAAAGUAUCGCCGAUCGGAAAACCAUGGGUAGCGGAGAAGGAGAGGAUCUGCAGAAGGUGAAGCAGGCGGCCGCCGCCGCGUACGAUUACGAUUCCGACCCACGGUGGGCGGAUUACUGGUCAAACGUACUCAUCCCACCUCACAUGGCCUCCCGCAACGACGUCGUCAACCACUUCAAGCACAAGUUCUAUCAGCGCUACAUCGACCCUGAACUAAUUGUGGAGCCAAUAGGCACUGGCGGCACAUCUCAGCCAGCGAGAGCAUCUACCCCGCCAUCACAGUCUUCAUCUGCUUCUAAUAGCAAUACGCGCCAGAGGACUUCCGGUUCCUCGACUAGAACCUCAGGACCAUCAACAGCUCCCCCUCCCAGUGCGAUGUCAUUGCGCUGGGAUCAACGGACCGUUCAAUUUUCUGUCAAUGCUUGGGUAGUUAUUGUGGCAGUUCUUGCAAUGUUCCCACUUGUGCCUAAACACCUCUCGAAUCGCGCAUAUAGACUUUCCUUCUUGGGGACUGCAUGCUCUUCUCUUUAUUCCUUGUAUUCAUUGUAUGGGAAACCUCGAGCAUGGAACUUGCCAGCUUUGCAAGUAUGGUUUCAGUCGGUGGUAGUUACCAAAGAUUUUAUCUACUCAAUAUACUGCCUUUCUUUUGUCACAUCGCAUCUGUGCCUCAAAUUUGCUUUAAUUCCCAUACUUUGUCGCUCCUUGGAGCACGUUGCGAAGUUCUUGAGGCGCAAUUUUAGCAGAUCAACCUUGUACAGGAAGUACUUGGAAGAGGCUUGUGUUUGGGUAGAGUCGAACACGACUACUCUUAGCAUUCUGUCCUCACAUGCUGAAAUUGGAAUUGGGUUCCUUCUGAUUAUUUCUCUCUUCUCGUGGCAACGCAAUAUUAUGCAAACAUUUAUAUACUGGCAGAUUUUGAAGCUCAUGUACAAUGCCCCUGCAACUGCUGGGUACCAUCAAAGUACUUGGGCUAAGAUCGGGCGGACUGUGAACCCAUUAAUCCAGCGCUAUGCACCAUUCUUGAAUACUCCGAUUUCUGCCUUGCAGAGGUGGUUUUUCAGGUGAAAAAGCUGACGAGGAUAGACAAUGUGCCAGCAUUUCAUUCCCAGACAAUGUAACAUUGAUUCCUAAAAUCACCAACCACAAAUCUAGACAUUAUAAGCCAAUGGUCUGGUUUAUCACUCUUGGGAAAUAAUCAGUAAGAGCUUUAGGUGUUCUUAGAAUAAUCUCUUGUUCUUCGACUGUAGUCGAAAGUUAUAUUUUGCGUUUCAUGUUUGAGGGAUCCUUUUGAGCAUGCAAGGA